AUGUCUGUUCGACAAACUAUUAUUAUCUCCUGUUUUGUUCUAUUGGCACUGGGAAAACUAGGUGACAGUCUCAGAUGCUUUGAAUGUACGUCGUGUAAUGGCCCAGUAAAUAGAAACAAUACAAAGACAAGUAGGGAAUUUAAUGGAACCGAAUACUCGUGUUGGAAAUUAACGGCGAGAGGCGUUGCUACAGCACGUGGUAUUUCGAAUUCUUGCGUAGAACUCAACGCUGGUGGCUUUGGUACAUGGUGCUGCAAGACAGAUCUAUGUAAUGAUGCUAUUCUACCAGUACCAGUGACAUAUCUCGUAUUGCUCAUGGCUUUUGGCAGCGUUACUUUAUUUUUCAAAGGAUCAUAA